GCUCGCCGCUGGCCGACAGAAGUGAGUAUCAACAGCAACAGCAGCAGCAACAACUAACUUUAGCGGCCAAUUUCCUAAGGGACCAUUACAUGAAUGUAUUUGUGAAGUCUGUCUCUGCUGAGCUGAGGUGCUGAAUGUCCUUCAAGUGUCGGUACAACAUGACACCGAGAUGACUCACAAGUGGCUUGGACAUCUGAUUUGACAGAAGAUGAGGCUUGCUCAAUUGAUCAGACUUGCUCAAAAUGAUUGCUUCUGUAGGCUCAUAAACCACACUGACAUGGACAACAAACUAUAGUGAAACAUGUUUGUUGCAUUUUGCACAUCACAUCCACAGAAAAACACUAACUGCAUACAUUAUAAUUAAUUAGUUUUGAAUGGCUUUCAGUUGAUAACCAUGUCACUGGCCGAGCAGUCUCAAAAGUGGUUUCCAACCCAUGUCCAAGCCACUGUUCUUCAAUCAACCAGUUUACAGGCCAAGGGCAAAAAUGGCACCAACGAUGCCUACACUAUCAUUCAGCUGGGCAAGGAAAAGUACUCGACAUCGGUGGCAGAGAAGACGCUUAACCCCGUCUGGAGAGAGGAAGCCUCCUUUGAGUUACCGGGGUUACUUUUGGAGGGGAACCCAGAAGUAUAUGAACUCUGCUUUAUCGUGAUGCACCGCUCUUUGGUUGGGAUGGACAAGUUCCUGGGUCAAAGGUCCAUCAGCCUCAAUGAAAUCUUCGAUAACAAGGAACGGAAGAAAACUGACUGGUAUCCCUUGGAGUCUAAGCCGGGGAAGAAGAGGAAAGAACGAGGCCGCAUCCAAGUGAGCAUCCAGUUCAUGAGGAACAACAUGACUGCCAGCAUGUUCGACCUCUCCAUGAAGGAGAAGCCCCGCUCGCCUUUUUCCAAACUUAAAGACAAAAUGAAAGGUCGCAAACACGAUAGCGGCUUCAGUGACACGUCCUCUGCCAUCCUGCCUCGCUCUGCUGCCAGCGACGCAGACCAAACCGUCAGUCCCUCGCCCCAGAAACCCCAGCCUGAAGCUAAGGCCAAGAGGCCGCUGCUCUCUGGGGCCCACAAACUCUCUGCAGCCCAUUCCAUGUCCGAUCUCAUUGGGACUCACUUCCGACCCAAACUGGAUUCCAUGAACUCCAUAGAAGAAAGUGGCGGCCCUCACAGGCGUUCCCAGAGCGAGGUGCCAGGCUACCAGGACGGAGAGGCACACAGUGACCCUUUCACUGAUAUCAGUGACACCCUGCCACAGAAGUAUGCCACGCUCCCACGCAACCGCAACCCAUUUGAGGGGGAGCACGGGCAGCUGUGGGACCGGCCGGAGCGGAAGGAGAAAAAGGAGAAGGUCAGCCUACUGGAACGCGUGACUGGAAAGAAGGAAGGCCGCAAGACCAACUAUGGGGGGCGAUCGGGCAGUUCUGGAGACCUGUGCUCCCCCAACCCCUUCAGUGGAGACACUAACCCCUUCAUCUCCAACUACAAAACCAGUGAUAAAAAGUCAAAUGAAGACAUCACAUUUGGCCAUAAGAAGAAAGACAUAUACGGCAAGAAAAAGGAGGUGAAACAGGAAAGCCUGGCCGCCUACAGCAACCUGUCCUUCGAGGAAGUUGUGCGGGAACUCAUCAAGCAGAAAGAGGUGGUGAAAAAGAAAGACGCCCACAUCAGAGAGCUGGAGAACUACAUCGACAACCUUCUCGUGCGCGUGAUGGAGGAGACGCCCAGCAUUCUACGGACACCCUACGAGCCCAAAAAGAAGGCGGGUAAAAUUGGUAAAAAGAAAUGAAAGACAAACAGUUACUAAUGAAGGAGGAACUCAUGUGGUCAAAUAAGUGAGAACAAAUGGUAUUGAUCAAAGCCAAAUUGCUCAAUGGUUUAUGUCCUUGCCUAAAGAACGUUUUAUUCAAUGGGUGUAGCUUUUACAUUUUUUUUUUGGCAUUCCUAUUUUACGGUGUACAGGAUGAGAGAAAUUCAAUGAUUGAUUCAAGUCCAAUCAAAUCAAUUUCUUCUGACAAUAUGGUAUGCACUUCCCCACAUGUUGCACAUACAGCUGCCGUCAUUGGCUCAAAAGCUCUUAAGGUGCAAAUGCAGCCAGAUCCAAGUUCACCAGAUGGUGCAUUUGAAGUUAUGCUUCCUGUUUGCUGAAACACGGUCAAGUGGGUCGAGAAGAUGAAGCUGUAGUUGCUGUGUUUACACUGGAGUCUCAAACUACGAUACACAUCCAGAGGAGGAAGCCUCCUCUGUUCUACAGAUGUGUAUUCUUAGAAAGACUGGAGGACAGUUACUGUAAGAAGUUGCUGGAAAGUAUCUAGAAAUCUGGUUUCGAAUGAACAAACAUACAGUUACUGUCUUUCUAUUCUUUUUAAUUAUUAUUUGUGAUGACUAUCAAUUAAGUUUAUUAGUGUCUCAGUCAUUUGCUGGAGGGGAUCAUUUUACUGACUUUAAGUGCAAUAAUAAUAAUAAUUUGCUUUACAUUCUGCUGGUAAUGUUGUUGUUUACAUUAUAAUCUAAGCUUUGAGUCAAACUCAUGUCUUUUAAUAUUGUUUGAUUCACUGGAAAAAGUCAUGUUGUUACAGCCUCUACAGAUCAACCAUCUCCUUCUAUUACAAUUUUGAGAAGAUUGAAUUAUGGUACUAAGAUGCACAUGUGGACUUAUGCUGAACAAUCUUUAUUUAUAACUGUGUUAUAGCUCAGUUACAUAUGAACAAUGUAUUUGUACAAUGGUAAAAACGCUACUGUUCCCCCUCCCUCAUCACUCUUUCUAAUGUUUAACACUCAACAGAUGGUAAAAGUCCCAACAAAUAUUAUCAUUCAUAAGUGUCAUACUGAUACAGUUUUAUAUGUAUUUACAUCGGCUUUAAUAUGUGUUUACCUAGCCACAGAUGAAUUAUGUACUGUGCCUCAUUAUGUCCGUUUUUCUGUGUUAUAAACACAAAUUCUAAAAUGAAUAUACAGUGAUAUGAACGUGUUUCACCACUUCACGGUACUAAUUAUGACCAGUGCAUAACUGUUCGAGGUAAACAGCCAAUGAGUGUCAUUCAGGUUGCAGAUCAGUGUGACAGCUGGUGUCAGAAGCAAAAUGUCCUCAUUUCACACUUGUAUGUCAUCUCAUAUGUCGCUUCAAUCUGUGAUGCUAAUGUCACAACAACAUAUGUUGUUUCCAUGUUUAACUGAAAUAAGGGGCAGCGUUAAAGGGUGUAACACGUUUCACCACAAUAUGGUUUAACGUUGAUUCUCCACCAAUAAUGCAAUAUGUGUUUCUAUUGAUCAAUGCCAGGUGAUGUAAUAUGCCCUUGUAACAAAACUACAUUUACAAAAGAUAGCUACAAAAAAAUGACUUGACAUUGAUGUAAAAACCAUCUUUAAAUGUGUAGGAGGGCGGUGUGAUUUAGAUGGGAAUUGGUCCAAAAAGAAACCUGCCUUUUUAGGGAUUUCAAAAUGAAAGCAUAUCUGUAUGAAUGUUUGCACUUGCACCAGAGAUAUUGCAUUGUUGGUCACUGAAUCGAUGGAUUGUUGUUUCGUUACACCCCUAGCUGCUUUCGGAGCGCACUCCUGGUACUACAAUGAACAAAAUGACUACUUAAAGGUGAAUCAUUUGUAUCUCCUUUACCUGUGUUCGAGCUAGAUGCUCAACAAUAGUUGAAUAACUUCCUGAUGUUUAGGUUUACAUUCAAGUUUUGUAUUCCUUUUUAGAUGAAGCAGCUUCAUGUACAGUGUUAAACACGUAUUAUAGUAGUUGAUUUAUCGAUCUUAUUUUUCCGGUGACUUUGUUCUUAUGCUGGUAUUUCCUUCUGGUGUUUCUAUCUAUUUUGUAAUUACUUUUCAGUCUUAUACAAUUGUUGACCUUUACACUGUAUGAUACCAAAUCACAGUUGAGUGCUACACUGCAUCUAUGGAAUGUCAAAACACAUUUUUUCAUGAACCACUGGAAAAACAGUUUUGUCAUGUACUAAUUAUUUCAGCUGCUGAGUUACUUCAUGUGAAGGUAUGCGAUCUCUUCGUGGACUUGUCUUGUUACUGAAUGUAUCCUGCUCGAUUUGAAAUACGUGAUUCUGAAAUGUAUAAUGAUAUACAAAACACUUACAAGGCCAUAGAACCUUGCUUGCCUUUAAAGUAUUUGGUGUAUCCAAAGAGAUAAUUCCCCUCCCCACUCCUUCCUUCUAUUACUCUGACGUCACUCAGACAUCUUCAUUAUGGACAAGAAGUGAUUGUUUUGUGCGAUGAUGUGACACAGAUGUUGGGUAAAUUCCUUCGUAUUGGAGGAGGGUUAUUUGAUCUGCAUAUAUUUUGCCAAACAUGUUUGAAUCACUUCACGAAAUGAUGAGUAUUAUGUGAUGGUAAUUAAGAAAAUAUGUGGAUAAUAAUCUGUUUCACAUUACGGAGAAGCUUCUCACUGAUUGCCUUCCUACGUGUGCUGAAGUGUGAACUCGUGUUACAGGCUUUUAUUGUUUAAACUGCUUUAACUACUCUGUAUUGCUAGUUGUAAAUGGACCUUUGACGAAGUCUCAAUACUUCCAUUGUACAUACUGUAUAGUCACUUUGUAGUUUCUCCUCACUUUGACUUUUUGCGCAUUUCACUGUGCUGUAAAAUGUUUGCAAAUGUGCUUACUUAGGUCUGAAAUUCAGUCGAAUUCAUGUUAAGCCAAAUAAAAAUUCAAAGAUAGGAAUGAAAAUGUAAAACUUAAGAAAAGUAAUUGCCACCUAUAUGAGCAAAACUGAUACUGGCAAAGUAGUUGGGAUAUUCCAGCUUUUAUAGACAUGGUCUGUUGCUUCUGUAUUUAGUGUAUGACAUAUGGUGCAUUAUAGUGUAAAGCAGAGAAUGAAACAGGUGAUUUACACUCAGGUCAACUAUUUGCCCCAAAGCGCCGCUGCUUUGCUCAAACGAUGAAAAAAACGACAAGGUCGUAAUAAAUAAAUGUUGAACACAUUCGGACCCCGAGGUUAUUUAGUUCAAAUGAAAAAUGAGGGGUUGCUUAGUUCUAAUUAAUUUUGCCUGUCAUAUUCUCUUUCAGCUUGAUUGCUACAUUUGCUUUAUAUGCUUUAACAUAAUUUGGUGCUUUGGAAGAUGUCAGAAUAAAUCGCUAAUCUAAAUGAAAAGCAUUUUCAAAUCAUUUUCCCAGCACAACAUGUGUAAAGGGGUGCAUUUGCAAAAACAAAAACACAACCACCCCUGCAUCAUUAUUGCACUUCUUCCUCUGCUCUUUUGCAUAAUAUUUGUCAUCCAAUCAAUGCCAAUGUUCCAAUGUGCAAAGCGUGGAGGCAACAUGUCCUAUACAAUUUGGCCUGUGUUGUAAUUCAAAUUUAAUAUAGAGUAUUUUGCAAAUGCAUAAAAGUAUGUUUUGUUAGUGUUGUCCACCCCAUUCAAAGAAAACAAACAGUGCAAACAUAUGGGGAUUUUUUUCCAUGUUGACGAAGUAUGCAUUGAACCUUUUGAUGAAGAUGGCAUAAAGCUCAAGUCGGAUCUCACAAUCCUCCUCUGGCAGCUUUUUAAGUCUUCUACUGAUAAUAUGAUGCUGCUUGCCAUAGGCCACAUACAGCUGCCAGACACUAAGACUUAAGCUCCCUCUAAAUCCCCUGACGGUGCUUGUAAUGUGGCACACAGUUUUUGAAGGAAAUGAUGACUGUGUUUAUAAAAGAUCUCGCCAGUUAGCAUUGAGUUUACACAAUCGUAUGGAGGCUGGUGCACAAGAGGUGCCAACACAAAUAAACAGAAUGUGAGUUGAGUUUAGUGCCCCAACAUGGUGGAGACCUUAUAUGACAUUUUGAUACUCGCGUGUUUCUCAAGGUAGUCAAUGUGAACUCAGCCACAAGCCUUGUAAUGUCAAAAAAAUGGAAGUAAAUGGCUGAUUCUUGUCAUUUCUGCAUGUCAAUCAAAUGUUUUGAUUAUGUAAAACGUUAUAUUUUUGCCAAAUAUGUCGUUUUUUCCCAUUGAUUCCUCAAGAUUGGGAUCAUUUUCAUCAACUCGUCACACUACCUUAUUGUAAUGUAAUUAACUCUGAAUGAAAAAAAUGUCUUUAUUUGUUUUCACAUAAUAGCCUAUAUGCAAGACUUUCAUACCUGGAUGUGUGGGUACAAGAAUGUAUGGCUUUUUUUGUAUUAUUGUAGUUCUGGAAAAGCGUUGGGGUUUAGAAAAUGUAUGUAAUAUAAUAACAGUAUGAUGCUGUUAAUGAUGACUAUAAAGUGCCAACGCAAGCACUAAUUCAGAAGAAUUUGGUGAUGCAUUUCUUAAAUUCAUCCAUGUACUACAGUUUUGACUUGUUCCUUUUAGAUAUCAUCACCAUCAUUAUAAUUGAAAUCCAAUGUCAUUUUCAAUAAACUCACUGUAAAUGAAA